GGAGCUCCUUACCAGGCUGGGCUGUAACCUGAAGCAAAGGGGGGAGGGAGAGAUAGAGAGAGGGUGGAAACGAGGGAGGGGGAAGAGACAAAGUCAGAGAGUGAGGGAAGGAAAGAGAGAGGGAGGGAGAAAGAGAAAGCAACAAAGGGAGAGAGAAAGAGAAAGAGUGUGAUGUCAAACCAGCUGAGCUCAGAAAGUAAACAGAGCUCCAGACUGCAGCAUGCUUUCUGCGGUACGGGGACUGCAGCUGGGGGAAAGCCAUGGGGGGACCCCUACGCUCCCUCACACAGGCACCCACCACUCCCCCGGGACCCGUGGAUCUUCCCUCUUCAUCACUCUCCUCAUCCUCAUCUCCAUGUACCAGGGGCUAGCAUGGCCCUACGACUACAGGUACCUAUAUAACCAGUGUCCGGGCCCAGAGUGGAACGUCAUGUGUCGGGGCUGCUGUGAGUACGACGUGAUCCGCUGUAAGUGUCCCCUCCAAGGCACCCCCGUUGGCUACGCUGUGCCUUGCUGCCGCAACGCCCUCAACGAGUGUGACCCCUGCAUCAUCCACCCAGGUUGCAGCAUAUUUGAGAACUGUAAGCGGUGUAACAAUGGGACGUGGGGGCCCAGAGAUGAUUUCUUCGUCAAGGGGAAGUACUGUGCUGAGUGUCGACCCGGCUGGUCAGGCGGUGACUGCUUGAAGUGUGGAGGAGUGAUACGUAAACGUCAGGGCCACAUAGUCCUGGAGAGUUACCCCACCAACGCUCAUUGUGAGUGGACUGUUCAGGUGGACCGAGCAUUCACCAUCGAUUUCAGGUUUAUGAUGCUGAGCCUGGAGUUUGACCAUUCCUGUCGCUACGACUACAUCGAGGUGCGUGAUGGUGAUAGUAUCAACUCUCGUGUGAUUGGUCGGUUCUGUGGGAACAACAGGCCUGCUCGAAUCCAGAGCUCUGGCAACUCCCUACACGUCCUGUUUGUAGCCGAUGGCUAUAAGAACUUUGACGGCUUCUUCGCCACCUUCCAAGAAAGCUCAGCAUGCAGCUCCUCCCCCUGUCUCCAUGAUGGAACCUGUAUCCUGGACACGUCGCAGUCCUACCACUGUGGCUGUCUGGCUGGCUACACUGGACAGCGGUGUGAGAAUGUUGUAGGGUGCAGGAGGCCCCCAGUACCUGUCCAUGGCUCCACAGAGGGGAUAUUCCAUCACUCAGGGGCGCGAGUCACAUUCCGCUGUGACCCUGGGUUCGAGCUGAGGGGGAUCCGCACCGCCAUCUGCCUCCAGGAUGGUACCUGGAGCACCCCUGCCCCCCAGUGUGUGCCUAUGGUGAAAUUAUGUGCCAUCCCAGCCAAGCCUGUCCAUGGAGACCACUUCCUAGUGUAUGGGCCCAAUGAUGUCAUCAUAGCCCUGCAGUACCUGUGCUACCGACCCUACAAGCUGAGCGGGACGCACCAGAGGACCUGUUUGCCCAACAACACCUGGAGCGGAACACCCCCCACAUGUGGUAAAGUGAAUAAUACACUUGCUGACCCAGGCAAAGACAAAGGAAAUGACAAAGCAAGAGAUACAGAAAAGGACAAAGAAAAGGAUGCAGAAAAAGAGAAAGACACUGACAAAGACAUUGAAAAACCCAAAGACAAAGAGAAAGACUAUAAUACAGGUAUCAAAGAGGACGUGGCUGGUAAAGAUCCAGACGCAGGCCUGAGGAACACAACAGUGGCUGGUAAAGAUCCAGACGCAGGCCUGAGGAACACAACAGUGGAUGGUAAAGAUCCAGACGCAGGCCUGAGGAACACAACAGUGGCUGGUAAAGAUCCAGACGCAGGCCUGAGGAACACAACAGUGGCUGGUAAAGAUCCAGACGCAGGCCUGAGGAACACAACAGUGGCUGGUAAAGAUCCAGACGCAGGCCUGAGGAACACAACAGUGGCUGGUAAAGAUCCAGACGCAGGCCUGAGGAACACAACAGUGGAUGGUAAAGAUCCAGACGCAGGCCUGAGGAACACAACAGUGGAUGGUAAAGAUCCAGACGCAGGCCUGAGGAACACAACAGUGGAUGGUAAAGAUCCAGACGCAGGCCUGAGGAACACAACAGUGGAUGGUAAAAAAGAUGGUCAAGACAAAAACAUAGACAUUACUCUGGUUAACAUCCCAGGACGAAACGAGGAUAAAACAAGUGACAAAGAAAAAGAAACUGGGCUCGAUAAACCUGGAGGUACCAAGGAUAAAGUGGACAGUAAAGAAACGGAUGACAUUGUAAACACAGUGGAGGGAGAGAGAGAAAAUGACGUGGGGAAAACCAUCGCAGACAUAGAUGGCAGUCCAGAUACUGGGGGAGACACAGACGUGAUACGGGAGAUAGGAAAGACAACAGAGAUCCCUGAGAUAGUGGUGGUGGUGGUGGAAGAUAAAGGACAGGAGGAAGAGAAGAAGAAAGAGGAUCCAGUAGAUAAAAGCAUUGAUCCAAACAUAGUUGAUCCUAAUGACUUAAAACCUAGGGGAGACACAUUUGCCAUAGAUUACACUGAGUUAAAACCUAGGGGAGACACAUUUGUCAUAGAUUACACUGAGUUAAAACCAAGGGGAGACACAUUUGCUGUAGAGUACACUGUUACGGAUGUGUUUGGCACCAAUGACAUAGAGCAGGGUAUGAAUACAACAAUGUCUAAUGACAUUGUGAAGAUUUUUAUUCCAACUGGAAACAACACACAGUUCACCCCAUAUUCAUCAGGAGGUCAGGAAACUGAGAGGGUGGGGGAAAAGCCACACAAAGAUAUAGGAGCAACUAAAGAUAUAGGCUCAACUAAAAAUACAAUGGAAAGUACAAGCAGACCUGAAGAGGGAAAUACUGGAAAAGAUUCUGACAAAAAAACUGAUGAUGAGUCUGAUGAUGAGAAGAGAGAAAACCAAAGCAUCAGUGAAGAGAGCUGUCCCCCUCUCCCACAGCUCUACCAUGGGUACCAGCAGGUAGUGCCAGGGCUGGUGCCAGAGACAGUGGAUUUCUUUUGUAAUCACUCCUACGCUCUGAGUGGUGACGCCAGACGCACCUGCCAGCCUGGCGGAACCUGGGGGGGCACUCAACCCCUUUGUGUGAGAGCCUGCAGAGAGUCCAAGGUCUCAGAGCUGGUCAGACAAAGAGUUCUGCCUCCACAAGCUCCAUCCAGGAAGACCCCUGUGCAUAAGCUCUACUCAUCCUCUGGGUUUGUGAAGAUGUUCCAGUCUGUCGGCCCCACCAAAGUUCCCCCAAUGCUAUCCCAGCUGCCCCAGGGGUUCCACCACCUCCACACUCACAUAGCGUACGAGUGUGCCUCUCCCUUUUACCAGCACUCAGGCAGUGCACGCCGCACCUGCCUCAAGACUGGCAAGUGGAGCGGGCGUCAUGUCUCCUGUUCACCAGUGUGUGGGAAGCACCCCACCUUUGACCCCCAGAGCCCGGCAGAGUCCCACUGGCCCUGGCUAGCCGCCAUCUACCAACGCCCCACCAACGGAGCAAGGACCAAGCUGGACAAGAAGGCUAGCCUUGCGGGGUCACUAAAGAAGGGGACUGGAGCUGAAUUCGGUGCUGGGGUUGGAUCCCAGGGGCAGGAUGAGGCCUCAGGCUGGCAGCUGGUGUGUAGCGGGGCCCUGGUGAACCAGCGGAGUGUGGUGUUGGCAGCCCACUGUGUGACUGAGCUGGGGAAGCUUUACCCUCUGGAUGCAGCCACGGUCAAGGUGGUGAUGGGAAAACAUUACCGCAGUGACCUCCGGGAGACCAAGGGCCUGCAGCAUCUCAGGGUGGCCUCCAUCUCUAUCCACCCCAACUACGACCCCCUGGUUCUUGACUCAGACCUGGCAGUGAUCAAGCUCCUGGACAAGGCUCGUAUCGGGGAGAAGGUCCUGCCCCUCUGCCUACCUGACAUCCAGGGGGGAGAGGUGACCUCCAGAGAAGGGUUGGUGACGGGCUGGGCCCCCCUGCCAGAUCCCCGGAUCGGGGAAGAGGAGCAGGCCAGGGUGGGUGUGCAGCACCUGGCCGACGUGGUGCCCUGCGAGCAGCAGUAUGCCCGUAAAGGGGUGCCCGUGAGCGUCACGGACAACAUGCUCUGUGGCCGCCAGCGACCCGACUACAGCCCAUCUAACAUCUGUCCCGCAGACACAGGGGGUAUCCUGAUCCUUCCUGCCCAGACAGGCUUCCCCCAGGACCCCUCGCUUGCCUCUCCAGAGGGGCGGGACACAUCCAAAGGGAAGUGGCGGCUGCUGGGGUUGGUAAGUUUCGGGUAUGACCAGGGAGAGUGUGACCCAGACCUGUUUACAGUGUACACACAUGUGGCCAACUUCAAAGACUGGAUAGAGAGCCAUAUGAAGUGACAUCACCAGGAUGUGACUCGCCCUGUAUCUCUUUUUCCUCCCUCUCUUCAACCAACAACUCCCUCUUUUGCUUCAUCAUUAUUCCCCCUCUAACUUUUAUUUGCCAACAUCUUUCUCCAUUCUCCCUCCUCCCAUCUACCUGCUUCUUGUCAUACCCAAGCAGGGAGUGUGAUCACAAAAGAGCAGAGUAACACUGGACUGUACAGUGCUCUGAGCUGACUUUAGGGGGCCCUAACACAAACGGAUCAGAUAGAGCUGCCCUCCACUCAGUACAGUACUUCAGUGUUCAGGUUUUACCUUAAAUUUGGUCUUAGACUUGAAAACGAAAACCAGUUCCCUGGGAAAAGCUGGUUUUCAUUGUAUUCUUUGAUAUGUAUAUAUAAUGAAAUGAAUUAUUAUUAUGGCUCUGCACGUGGUUCAAGGGAUGUACAUAUUGUAUAGAAGGACAUAAAUGUAAUGUUGUUUUUAAUUAAAGAUAUGUGGUUGUGUGUAAAGAAA